AUGAACAGGUGUGUAGCCAGCCUGUCACUGUUUCUUUAUGAACAGGUGUGUAGCCAGCCUGUCACUGUUUCUUUAUGAACAGGUGUGUGGGUACUGUGUACUCCUGCUGACAGCUGUUUUCGCCCUCUCCUCCGCUCACUCCAGAACAGAGAGAAUGACCUGCUGAAGGACCUUCUGAAGGCCAACGUGGAGAAGGCAGUGAGGCUGGAGGUGUGGAGCACUAAGGCUCGACGGGUCAGAGAGCUGGAGGUGGUCCCCAGCAACAUGUGGGGGGGGCAGGGGCUCCUGGGGGCCUCUGUACGCUUCUGUAGCUUCCAGGGAGCCAAUGAGAACGUCUGGCACGUCCUGGUGAGGGGCCUCUGUUGUUGCUUUGUGAUCAUAUAUUUUUUUACAUAGAAUUCAUGUAGCUUCAUUUAUAGGACUUUAAAGGCUUUUUACAUGUCAGACACCACAUCAUAAACCUCUGGGAUUAAAUAGGUAUGAAUGUUUUAUUCCAUAGGUUUGUAAAAUCUAAAAUGAUAACUUCUUCCUUUUCUUUCAGGAUGUAGAAUCUAAUUCCCCAGCAGCAUUGGCUGGUUUGCAGGCACAUCAAGACUUCAUUGUUGGAGCGGACCAGGUGUUGCAAGAUGUACGAUUAAGACCAGUAACCUAUAGUUUGCAUGGAAAAUCAAUUUCACCAAAUAUCCACAACUUUUUCUAAGUUAGAAAUUGCUGAAAUAUAUGUUGUUGUUCAUUGUUGGCUGGCAUGUUUUUCUUCCCAGUUUGCCCUUUUUUUUACUGAAGUGUCUAUGAUUGUGUUGUUUCACUCUGCAGUCUGAGGACUUGUUCUCCCUGAUCAAGAGCAGCGAGGGCAAGCCUCUGAAGCUGCUGGUCUACAACACUCUGACAGACCUCUGUAGAGAGCUGGCGGUUACCCCUAACGGAGCCUGGGGUGGAGAGGGCAGGUAAGCCACUCUCCACUCUGACAGACCUCUGUAGAGAGCUGGUGGUUACCCCUAACGGAGCCUGGGGAGGAGAGGGCAGGUAAGCCACUCUCCACUCUGACAGACCUCUGUAGAGAGCUGGCGGUUACCCCUAACGGAGCCUGGGGAGGAGAGGGCAGGUAAGCCACUCUCCACUCUGACAGACCUCUGUAGAGAGCCGGCGGUUACCCCUAACGGAGCCUGGGGCAGAGAGGGCAGGUAAGACCGCUUUUAGGAGCGAAUGUUGUUGUCUGAAUAUCCCCGCUCCCUUUUUUAUAUCCCGCAACAACCCUAAGCAUGGGUAUAUUCACAAUAUACCACACCCCCUCCAGGCUUAUUGUGUAAUUCUAUCUCAGUUUAGGCUGUGGUAUUGGAUAUGGCUACUUGCACCGAAUCCCAAGCCGUCCUGUUGACCUGAACAGGCAUGGGGCACUUCCUUCACCUACACCUGAUGACAACAGCAGAACCCAAGAGAUGCCUGUUGGCCACCACACUGAGGUAAACACCUUCACAUCUCACCUCCUAGAUCCUUUAAGACUAGACAGUUUCACUGAUGGUUGAUAAACGGCUAUGAUUUAUUUGAGAUAAAUAUGAUAGAUUUUCAUUGAAUACCCCAAGUGUAUUUAGAAUAAUAUCUAUCUAAGUUUAUUUAAACUUUUAUUCAUCUAAGAAGACCCUUUGAGGUCAGAAGACCUAUUUUAUGAUGGAGGCCAAAUACAUGUGAAUUUUGCAGCACGUGUUUUCUGUCCGUCAUCUCAGGUGGCCUUAACCUCUCCAUCGGGUGAAGAAGUGUUGGGUCUGCAGCAGCCCCUCCAGGUUCCCGCUCUGCCUCUACCUCCUCCCAUCCAGAGAGUCAUGGACCCAGGUAACCUUCUACUCAGGAAAUAAUAGAAUCAUUAGGGCCGGUUUCCCAGACACAGAUUAAGCCUAGCCCUGGACUAAAUGGCUCUUUAAAUUGAGAAUAUUAAUUCAUUGCGAAUGCUGUUUAAACCUGGACUAGGUUUCAUCUGUGUCUGGGAUUCCGGCCAUAAAACGCUUCAAUAUUUGUUGUGUUUUCUGGGUAUCUGUGUUAAAGGAAUCCCCCAGAGGAAGUUGCCGCCACUAUUUUGAUGUAAUUUCCUGUCCUAGAGAAGAAAUGCAUGUUUAGGUUCCACCUACGAAGAAUAACAAAGGCUACUUACACAUAUUCACGAAUUGGAUGUGGGAAUUUCCACAUGGAGUUGUUAAACAUCAACAACUAGGGCGCUGACAGCUGUCAGUGUAGUUAGCUAGCAUGCUAACCUUAUCUAGCUAGCUAUGUUGAUAACCAUAUCUGUCUAGUUAAUGUUAUGUUGUUGAUGUUUGUUUUUAACUACACCAUAUUCAAAAGAUUAGCCAGCUGGCUCAAUGGCUGAUUCUGGAGCUGGAUUUGUCAUAAGCAUUGAUUUAGGGAAAACUUCCACACAGAUGGAAACCACUGGCCUGUCUUUGACUUCCACACAGAUGGAAACCACUGGCCUGUCUUUGACGUCACCAUGAUGGAAACCACUGGCCUAUCUUUGACUUCCACACAGAUGGAAACCACUGGCCUAUCUUUGACUUCCACACAGAUGGAAACCACUGGCCUACAUUUGACUUCACCACGAGAUGGAAACCACUGGCCUAUCUUAUGCUUCCACACAGAAUGGAAACCACUGGCCUGUCUUUGAACUUCACACAAUGGAAACCACUGGCCUAUGGGGCUUGACCUUCAACCACAGAUAGGAAACCAAACUGGCCUAUCUUUGACUUCCACACAGAUGGAAACCACUGGCCCUGUCUUUUGACUUCCCCACAUAUGGAAACCACUGGCCUAUCUUGACUUCCCCACAGAUGGAAACCACUGGCCCUACUUGUGACUUCCCCACAUAUGAAACGCACUGCCUAUCUUUGACUUGAACCACAGAUGGAAACCACUGGCCUAUCUUUGACUUGAACCACAGAUUGGCAAACCACUGGCCAGUCCUUUGACUUCAACCACAGAUGAAACCACUGGCCUAUCUUUGACUUGACCACAGAUGGAAACCACUGGCCUAUCUUUGACUUGACCACAGAUGGAAACCACUGGCCUAUCUUUGACUUGACCACAGAUGGAAACCACUGGCCUAUCUUUGACUUGACCACAGAUGGAAACCACUGGCCUAUCUUUGACUUGACCACAGAUGGAAACCACUGGCCUAUCUUUGACUUGACCACAGAUGGAAACCACUGGCCUAUCUUUGACUUCCCCACAGAUGGAAACCACUGGCCUAUCUUUGACUUGACCACAGAUGGAAACCACUGGCCUAUCUUUGACUUGCCCACAGAUGGAAACCACUGGCCUAUCUUUGACUUCCCCACAGAUGGAAACCACUGGCCUAUCUUUGACUUCACCACAGAUGGAAACCACUGGCCUAUCUUUGACUUCCCCACAGAUGGAAACCACUGGCCUAUCUUUGACUUCACCACAGAUGGAAACCACUGGCCUGUCUUUGACGUCACCACAGAUGGAAACCACUGGCCUAUCUUUGACUUCCCCACAGAUGGAAACCACUGGCCUAUCUUUGACUUCACCACAGAUGGAAACCACUGGCCUGUCUUUGACUUCCACACAGAUGGAAACCACUGGCCUAUCUUUGACUUGACCACAGAUGGAAACCACUGGCCUAUCUUUGACUUCACCACAGAUGGAAACCACUGGCCUGUCUUUGACUUCCCCACAGAUGGAAACCACUGGCCUAUCUUUGACUUCACCACAGAUGUAAACCACUGGCCUAUCUUUAACUUCCACACAGAUGGAAACCACUGGCCUAUCUUUGACUUCCCCACAGAUGGAAACCACUGGCCUAUCUUUGACUUCACCACAGAUGGAAACCACUGGCCUAUCUUUGACUUCACCACAGAUGGAAACCACUGGCCUGUCUUUGACUUCCCCACAGAUGGAAACCACUGGCCUAUCUUUGACUUCCCCACAGAUGGAAACCACUGGCCUAUCUUUGACUUCCACACAGAUGGAAACCACUGGCCUAUCUUUGACUUCCACACAGAUGGAAACCACUGGCCUAUCUUUGACUUCCACACAGAUGGAAACCACUGGCCUAUCUUUGACGUCACCACAGAUGGAAACCACUGGCCUAUCUUUGACUUCCCCACAGAUGGAAACCACUGGCCUAUCUUUGACUUCACCACAGAUGGAAACCACUGGCCUAUCUUUGACUUGACCACAGAUGGAAACCACUGGCCUAUCUUUGACUUCACACAGAUGGAGGGACACAGAUGGAAACCACUGGCCUAUCUUUGACUUGACCACAGAUGGAAACCACUGGCCUAUCUUUGACUUCCCACAGAUGGAAACCACUGGCCUAUCUUUGACUUCCCCACAGAUGAAACCACUGGCCUAUCUUUGACUUGACCACAGAUGGAAACCACUGGCCUAUCUUUGACUUCCCCACAGAUGGAAACCACGGGCCUAUCUUUGGACUUCCCCACAGAUGGAAACCACUGGCCUAUCUUUGACUUCCCCACAGAUGGAAACCACUGGCCUAUCUUUGACUUCCCCACAGAUGGAAACCACUGGCCUAUCUUUGACUUGACCACAGAUGGAAACCACUGGCCUAUCUUUGACUUCCACACAGAUGGAAACCACUGGCCUAUCUUUGACUUGACCACAGAUGGAAACCACUGGCCUAUCUUUGACUUCCACACAGAUGGAAACCACUGGCCUAUCUUUGACCUUCCCCACAGAUGGAAACCCACUGGCCCUAUCUUUUGACGUUCCACACAGAUGGAACCCACUGGCCUAUCUUUGACUUCCCCACAGAUGGAAACCACUGGCCUAUCUUUGACUUCCCCACAGAUGGAAACCACUGGCCUAUCUUUGACUUCCCCACAGAUGGAAACCACUGGCCUAUCUUUGACUUGACCACAGAUGGAAACCACUGGCCUAUCUUUGACUUCCCCACAGAUGGAAACCACUGGCCUAUCUUGACUACACCACAGAUGGAAACCACUGGCCUAUCUUUGACUUCACCACAGAUGAACCACUGGCUAUCUUUGACUUACCACAGAUGGAAACCACUGGCCUUCUUGACUUCCACGACAGAAUUGAAACCAAAUGGCGUACUUUCACUUAAUUAUUUAAUAACUCAAAGCUUGUGAGUAAGUUUGAACCUAUAUUUAAUUAGAUCAGGACAGUAAGUAAUUUUGAUGUAGCCUAUUUAUAUUCUCAUGAUCAGGAACAGUUAAACGCUAAGUUGAAGCCUAUUUAAUAAUGUCAGGAAGCCAAGUAGACGUAAGUUUGAAGCCUUAUUUAAUUAGCUCCAUGGCUCAGGAAGCCAAGUAGACAGUAAGUUUGAAGCCCUUAUUUUAAUUAGCUCCAUGGCUCAGGAAGCCAAGUAGACGCUAAGUUUGAAGCCCUUAUUUUAAUUAGCUCCAUGGCUCAGGAAGCCAAGUAGACGCUAAGUUUGAAGCCCUUAUUUUAAUUAGCUCCAUGGCUCAGGAAGCCAAGUAGACAGUAAGUUUGAAGCCCUUAUUUUAAUUAGCUCCAUGGCUCAGGAAGCCAAGUAGACAGUAAGUUUGAAGCCCUUAUUUAAUUAGCUCCAUGGCUCAGGAAGCCAAGUAGACAGUAAGUUUGAAGCCCUUAUUUUAAUUAGCUCCAUGGCUCAGGAAGCCAAGUAGACACUAAGUUUGAAGCCCUUAUUUUAAUUAGCUCCAUGGCUCAGGAAGCCAAGUAGACACUAAGUUUGAAGUAUUGAAGCCCUUAUAGUUUAAAUUAGCUCCAUGGCUCAGGAAGCAAGUAGACACUAAGUUUGAAGCCCUUAUUUGAAUUGCUCCAUGGCUCAGGAAGCCAAGUAGACACUAAGUUUGAAGCCCUUAUUAAUCAAUGCCAUGGCUGGGAACCAAAUAAGACCACAAAUGAACGCUAGCUUAAUAUAAUUAUUCAUGGCAUCAGGAACCAUUACAGAUUCACGAAGUGGCCGUUCGAUUUAGUCAGCCAUAUUCAUACUAAACAAUGCAAGGCUUUUGACUAAUCGUGUCAACUCAAAGGGUAAGCUUCGCUUUCGUUUCAUGCAUCUGACUGGUGGGUGGCCAGUUUAAAGCCUGUUCUAACGUGUAAAUUUUAUAAAAAAUAAAUUUACAGAGCACGAACUUGAUUAUAUACAAACAUGGUUUGUUCCUGUUCAUGUUUUGGACUCGUUAGAAUUCCUAACCAAGCUCACUUAUAACAAAAUUUCUGUUCUGUUUGAGGCCCUCUCUGACUCCCCGGACCUAUCAGAGAUGGUCUCCUCCGUUGACAUGGGUCACAUGACCAACGACGUGUCCAUGCUAGCCAAUGACGGGGAUGUCUCCUGUCGUCAACACCACCCCAACCCCCUAGACCCUGGGGGAGCCGUCACAGCCACAGGGGACCUGAUCCAUCCUGACUGUGUGACACUGCUACAUCAAUGAUCUAACCAUGGCAAUGCACUCGCACCUGGCAAACCAGAGCCCACACGGAGGAGGAGGAGGAGGAGGAUGAGGAAGAGGCGGAGGAAGAGGAGGGGAGAGGAGGAGGAGAGGAGGAGAGAGCGUCACGAGGUAAGAGGUCUUAUGCUGUGUAUGGGACGUUAGGCAGCAGUACCGACGUCUGUGCGUACAGUCGAGCUGAGUCUUAG